AACAUAUUAUGCCCAGUCAAUACACAGCACCGCUGCCAAGCUAACGGCUGUGAUCUUUCCGAGUUUCGUCUUGUCCGUGAAGAACGUGAGAUGACGCAAAAGCGUCUGCCUCGCACACACCACUACAAUCCCGACGACCGUCUACUCAACACAAAUCAAAUGCGCUGCGGUGUCUAUGUUCAAGCUUUUCGGCCU